AGUGCAAUUCAGUUAAUCUUAGCCGAGUUAAGCGACGAGAAGAUACAAACAAAAUGGUUUGCAAGGGUUGCGGAACUAACUGCCAGUGCACCAGCCAGAAGUGCGGCGACAACUGCUGCUGCAACAAGGACUGCAACUGCGUCUGCAAGAACGGGCCCAAGGACCAGUGCUGCAGCAACAAAUGAAGUGGCUAUUGGCCAACUAACUACCAGACUCUUAACUGUCUAACCAACAACCAAUAAAGUUUAUGAACAUUUAAAA